AACCAAAAAAUCCCGUCAAAAUUUCAACGCACAGCGCAACGCCUACCGCGACCAAAACUCCGCCCGUUGCUAUGCGUGAGCAAUGAAAAACAUAAAUAGCUGCGCGCGCGCUUGGCAACGCCCCCCUUGGUAACGAAUCAACAAGCCGAAAAGGUAUAUACCCGAGUGCACCCCUACCAAACCCCUCAUUCCCAAACUGGAGAUGGCGGCGUACGGUCGUAUUCUACUAUUUCUAAUUCGCAAUUUCUUUUCUCUCUUUCUAGCGCACCGCAUGGGUGUCUGGCGGCCCCGGCCAGCCUUGGCCUAUGACCCGGAUGUCGAAUCGGGCAUCCGGGAUGAUGACGAUGACGAUGACCUGGCAGAACUCGCAGUGGCCUAUUUCGAACGGCUCAACGAGACAGACCGCGCGUCAGUGGUUCACGAACCGAGAUCGCUAGCGGAACUCGCUUUCGCAGCGAUCCCGGUUACGGAACCACUCGACGAUUGGACCUCUAAUCAGAUGGAAACCUCGCCACCUAUCAGGACUGGAAAACCAAAUCUUUUUGGUAACACAGAGGUAAUUGUAUUUAGUAACACGGUUUGGUAAUAUUUAUUCUAACCUAUUUGUUUUACGUUUAUCUUCCUCAGAUUUGAUCGCUGCUUGUCGGAUUCUUUCGGUCCUCGACGGGAGAUUGAAGGACGAGGUUCGGAUUGGAGCUGUCGGAGGUGGAGCAGGUGGAGCAUGAAGAUGAAGUUUUUGUUUUUAAUGAAUUGUAAUUUGCAUUUAUUGUAAUGAAAUACAUUUUUUGUAAACGA